AUGGUUAGCUCCACUCCUCAGAUCCUCACCAAGUUGCGGUCCAUCAAAUUCCUUGUAGUCGAUGAAGCAGACCGGCUACUUAGCGAGGGCCAUUUUAAGGAAGUUGGGGAGUUACUUUCCGCUCUUGACAGGACGAGAACAUCUGAUCAAGAUGUUGACGAAACCCCCGAAGAGGAAGAAGAGCCGGCUGGCAGACAAACACUAGUCUUUUCUGCAACAUUUCAAAAGGGAUUACAGCAGAAACUUGCGAAAAGAGAUCAUUCAUUCCAUGACAAUCUUCUGGAUAAAAAGGAGUCAAUGGAGUACCUUCUCAAGGAACUUCGGUUUAAAGAUGAGAAGCCUCGUUUUAUCGAUGUCAAUCCUGUCUCGCAGAUGGCAGAUAACCUCAAAGAGGGUAUAAUCGAGUGCUCUGCCAUGGAGAAGGAUCUUUAUCUCUAUUCAGUGUUGCUCUUCUAUCCAAGAUAUCGCACCCUAGUCUUUACUAACUCUAUCUCGUCCGUGAGAAGAUUGACUCACUUCCUACAAAACCUCAACCUCCCUGCCCUCUCCUUGCAUUCUUCCAUGGCCCAAAAAGCGCGUCUUAGGGCGGUUGAGCGUUUCUCUUCCCCUACAGCCGACCCUUCACCCAUCCUCAUUGCCACCGACAUUGCCGCCAGAGGCCUGGAUAUGCAAGGCAUCGACCUAGUGAUCCACUACCACGUCCCCCGUACGGCAGAUACUUAUAUCCAUCGAUCUGGCCGCACCGCCCGCGCCUCAGCAUCCGGGAAAUCGAUCCUAAUAUGUGCCCCUGAGGAAACAGCAGGCGUAACCCGCCUCGUCGCCAAAGUUCACCACACACAAAAACGUAAACCUUCGUCCAAAAACGUUCAGCUACACUCCAUUCACCUUGACCGCGGAAUCGUAACCCGUCUUCGCCCACGCGCAAACCUCUCCAAAAAGAUAACAGAAUCUACCCUCGCCAAGGAGAAAAUCUCCUCUGAAACGGGCUGGUUACGAUCUGCCGCCGAAGACCUGGGCGUAGACUACGACAGUGAAGAAUUCGCUGAGCAAGAGUCGAAGAGUCGUGGUCGAGGCAGAGGCGGUGGGCGCCAGGCUAAGGAAAGACAGGCAGGUAAUGUGUCCAAGGCGGAGAUGGCGAGGUUACGUGCCGAACUACGUGAUCUUCUUUCCAAGCGGGUCAACCUGGGUGUCAGCGAGCGCUAUCUUACUUCCGGCAGAGUAGAUAUUGACGCUUUACUGAAAAGUGAGGGGAACCCUGCGUUCUUGGGACAUGUCGAGAAACCAGAUUUUUAG